AUGGCACAGAUAUGCGACACAGAAUCUGUUGAGGGACCAAAUUAUCUAGAAAAAGUGUCCAUACCAGAAGAUUGUGAGGAUGAGUAUGAAGAGAUUAGUGUUGAAGAGGACAGUGUGGCUGAAGAAGAGGAUUUUGAAACUACAACUGAAGACAGUGAGUUUGUACCAGAGCAGGUACUUUCUUCACCCCAGAAACUACAAAGCCCCAUCCCUGAAGUAGUGGAUGAUUUUCUUCGCAACUUUCUUGUGAAAAUGGGAAUGAGCAAAACAUUGGAUUGCUUCCAGACAGAAUGGUUUGGGAUGCAACAUAAAGAAACGCUCAAAACAAAUCUGGUGGGAUUGGUGCCUGAUAUAUACACGCACAACCAGCUGCUGGAUAACGAGCUGAAAAAUGUCCAAACAGAGCGAGACAGCUACAAGCAGGCUGCCUUCCAAGCCGGAGAGACCAUUGUGAAGCUUCAGAAGGAACGGGAUUUUCACCGAUUGCAGCAUAAACGUAUUGUGCAAGAGAAAAACAGACUCAUUGAGGACAUCCGAAGACUAAAGAAACACUACGAGUCUUAUGGCCCAGCUUUAAGACAAUUGAAUGAGAAGUAUCAGACAGCUCUGAGAGAAAAGAUGUUGGUCAGUAUUGAGAGAGACAGAGUCUCCAGUCAAGUUCAAAACCUAGACAGUGCUCUGUGCUCUUCGCAAAAGGGAGGUACCAAACCAUCAGUUGAUGAGAUGGCAACUUCUGACCUUGCCAAAUGCCAAGCCAAGACCGCUACUUCCAAACAUUUAAAAGAUUCCGAGUUCCCAGCCAGGACACGAAUAAAUCCCUUCCUGCCCCAUAUAAAAGCCUUAUUUGCUCAAAGCACCAAAACAUCCGGAUUCUCUCUGACCAAAUCCAUCAAAGCCCACACCAUGGCUGUGAGCUAUCUUGCGAUCCAUCCGCGCAAACUGCUUAUAGCUACUGCAAGUGAUGAUCACCUUUGGAGGCUUUGGGGGAUACGAGAAGGGGAGAUGAUAAUGACUGGUGAGGGUCAUACUGACUGGCUGUCUUCCUGUAGCUUCCACCCCAGUGGACACUAUCUGGCCACGACCAGUGGAGACACCACAGUUAGGAUCUGGGACUUUGCCAAAUCCUGCUGUGUGCUGACCCUGGAAGGCCACACUCACGCCACCUGGGGAUGUUCCUUCCACUCCUGUGGGGACUUUGUAGCUUCUUGCUCUAUGGACAACACAGCCAAAGUGUGGGACCUUUACAGCGAGCGUUGUCGCUACACGCUGCGUGGCCACAUCGACUCAGUGAACAGUAUUAGCUUUGUGCCCUUCUCUAACAUUCUGCUCACCUGCUCUGCUGAUAAAACCAUAUCACUCUGGGAUGCCCGUGCUGGACUCUGUGCUCAAACAUUCUACGGGCACAGGCACUCGUGCAACAGUGCAACCUUUAAUGCACUGGGAGACACAAUUGCUUCCUGUGAUUCCUAUGGCAUUGUGAAAUUAUGGGAUGUAAGGAACAUAUCAGCCCUGGCCACUGUUGAUACAGGACCACACCCUAGCAACCAAGUGGCCUUCAGUCCAAAUGGGAAGGUGCUAGCAGUCGCGAGCAACGAUCAUGAGGUGAAGCUGGUGGAAUUGGCGUCUUCACACGUGUCCAGUCUUUUAGGACAUAAUGAUGCUGUUGAGAGUGUUAUUUUUGACCAUAAAGGUGAACACCUAUUAUCUGCUGGAUAUGAUGGUGAAAUUUUCAUCUGGUCAUAA